UUUUCCGAUCCUUCCAAACGUUCGGUGAGGAGAGAGAAAGACAGAAAGAGAGGAGAGAGGAGAGAGAGAGAGAGAGAGGAAGAAGGAGGGUUGCUUCUACUCUCACAAAGUUGCUUCCCGCAGAAGCUUCUGUGUGUAAUUUUCAAUACACAAAGCAGAAACAAAUUUCGGCAAAGAAAAAUAAUUAAAAAAAAAAGAAAAGAAAAAAUGGGAGUGAGUGAUUCAUAAGAAAUGAUCAAAGAUAGUUUCGUGACAACGUUGUUAAUCUGUUUUGCUUCUUAGCCGAUAUAUUCUGGAGAGAAAAUUAAAUCAUCAUCUCCACGUAAUCUUUCUCUAACUAUCUCAACCAAGAUUUUCGCCUUAUUACUUUUUCCUUAAUAUAAUCAUCAUUUCAUAAUUAACUGUUCCGUUUCUUUUCCUCAAUUUCGCUGUAUCUUCGCUUUCUUUCGUUGGAAUCUAUCUUUUUCGGGUCACGGGUCGGGUUUAUUCUUCUGGGUCUUCUUUUUUUUUAGCAUUUUUCGUUCUCUCUCCUUCAUAAACGCUCUUUUAGUUUCCUUCUCGUUAUUGCUCCUUAAUUUUGGUCUUUCUUAUAAAUUUUCUUAGUUGGGUUGCUUUUAACUAGGGUUUUUAAGAGGAUCUAAGGUUAAAGUUCGUUUUUUUCCACGAAUUUCUCUUUUCGGUAAAUGAAAACUAGUUCAGCUUCAAUAUAUUGAUUGAUCACAAAUUUCGUUGCACAAGUUUUUAUUUUAUCUGCUGAUGGUUGAACCUGGUUCUGGAUUUCUCAUUAAUCUAGGAAUUUGUUAGGUUCUUAAUAGAUAGAAAAAAACUUUAUAUAAUUUUUCUGGUAGAUUAUAUAUAACCUUGUGUGGCUGAAAAAAAAGAUUAGGCUGGAUUGGUUUGGUGGUGUUGUGUGUUUCAAUUUCAACUAUAGCUUAUAGUUUGAUUUUUGAAGCACUUCGUUUGGUCUUGAUUUAAUUCCUUUUCUGGAGAAAGGAAAGGUUGAUUGUGAUUGAGAUUGAGGUCUUUGUUGUGUUGAUAAGAUGAGUUCGAGUAUCACCGGAAGUUUGGUCAAUGAGAGGCAGCUACUCGUUCAUAUUGCUGAAAAUGGACAUUCAUUUGAAUUGGAAUGUGAUGAAAAUGCGCUUGUUGAGGCUGUUAUGCGGUCGAUUGAAUCUGUUACUGGGAUCAAUUUCAGUGAUCAACUUGUUCUUUGUUUGGAUUUGAAACUUGAGCCGCAGCGGCCGCUUUCUGCAUACAAGCUUCCAUCUGAUGACAGAGAAGUGUUUAUUUUUAAUAAAGCGAGGCUUCAAAGUAAUGCGCCUCCUCCACCACUGGAGCAAGUUGAUAUUCCUGCAAAUUUGGAGCCUCCGUCGCCUUCGUCCUCUCAUGAUCCACAUCCUCUUGAUGAUGCUUUGGAUCCUGCUUUGAAGGCUUUACCUUCUUAUGAGAGGCAAUUCAGGCACCAUUAUCAUCGAGGGCACGCGAUUUAUAGUGGUACCUUGAUGAAAUUUGAGCAUUGUGAGAGGCUUUUGAGAGAACAGAUGGUACAAGAAAGAGCUGUGGAGGUUGCAAGGUGUAAUUUGGAUCAGUAUUAUCGAAUUAUUAACCAAAACUACGGUGAUUUCAUGAAACGGUAUAUGCAACAACACAGAAUGCAUUCUGAUCUUUUGGCGAAUUUUGGAAAGGAUGUCGAGAAACUAAGAUCUAUCAAACUUCACCCCGCUUUGCAAACUGGGAAUCGCAAAUGCUUACUCGAUUUGGUGAAGGAAGAAAACUUGCGAAAGUCGGUGGAGAAUUGCACCAGCUCCCACAAGCAGUUUGAGAAUAAAAUGUCACAAUUUAAGCAGACUUUUGGGGAAGUGAAGCAUCGGGUUGAGAACUUGUUGACCACUGGGCCUUUCUUGGCCACCAAGAAUUUGGAACAAGCAAUUAAAGAACAUCACAAAUAUAUCAAUGAACAAAAGAGUAUCAUGCAAUCUCUGAGCAAAGAUGUUAACACUGUAAAGAAACUGGUGGAUGAUUGUCUGACCUCACAAUUGUCCUCCUCGCUUCGACCUCAUGAUGCAGUUUCAGCUUUGGGUCCUAUGUAUGAUGUUCACGACAAGAAUCACUUGCCUAAAAUGCAGGCUUGUGAACGUGCUAUUUCUAAGCUGCUAGACUUCUGCAAGGAAAAGAAGAAUGAAAUGAACCUUUUUGUGCACGAUUACAUGCAGAGCAUAACUUAUGUUUCUUAUCUCAUCAAAGAUCAGAAGCUACAGUUCCCUGUAUUUAAAGAGGCUAUGGUUCGACAGGACGGUUUAUUUGGGGAUUUAAAAUUGUUCCAUAGUAUUGGUUCUUCGUAUCGAGCUUGCCUUGCUGAAAUAGUGAGACGAAAGGCUUGUAUGAAGCUGUACAUGGGCAUGGCUGGACAGAUGGCUGAAAGGCUUGCUACAAAACGGGAGCUUGAGGUCUCGAGACGUGAAGAGUUUCUGAGAGUGCAUGGUUCAUGCAUUCCUAAGGAUGUCUUAUCCUCUAUGGGGUUGUUUGAUACUCCUAACCAAUGUGAUGUCAACAUAGCUCCAUUUGAUGAUGGUUUGCUUAAUAUUGACAUAUCAGAUGUGGAUCGUUACGCUCCUGAAUAUAUAACAGGAGUAACUUUCAAGCUUGAGAAGCAUGGUAGCUUUAAAGGUUCAUCUGGUUUAAUCAGUGAUAGCUCUCACUUGGCUGAGGCUGUAGAUAUUUCAGCUAACUCGGUUGAGAAAUAUGAUUCUGAGGACCUCCUUUAUGACAGUGGUUUGGUAGAAAUAGCUGGAACCUGCAAGAUGGAGGUUGAGAAUGCUAAACUGAAAGCCGAGCUUGCUUCUAGAAUAGCUUUAAUAUGCUCUUUAUGCCCUGAGAUAGAGUACGCGUCAUUUGACGAUGAAAGGGUGGGAAAUGUACUGAAGAAUGCCACCGAGAAGACAGCGGAAGCCUUGCAUUUGAAAGACGAAUAUAUCAAACAUGUUCAGUCCAUGCUUAAGAUGAAGCAGAUGCAAUGUGAAUCGUAUGAGAAACGCAUUCAAGAAUUGGAGCAGAAAUUGUCUGACCAGUAUGUGCAGGGGCAGAAGAUGUCCAGUGUAAAUGAAGCUGCCGACUUUCCUCUUCUUGCCGGGAAGACCGAUAAUUCAAAGUCAGAAUGUGCGAGUGGUGAAGCCAACAUGCCUUGCGUAUCUACUAGCGAGCCAAUGGAUGAAGUUUCAUGUAUCUCGAGUUCCUUCGAUGCAAAACUAGGUUUGUUAACAGAACGUACGGGUAAAUCUUUAGAUGGAGUGGAUGAAAACAUGCUAGAUUCAUCUGGCAUCCAGAAUCUACAACAUGAUUCAUCUAUGAUGGAGCCUCACCGUGAAGAAGUGCAAAGCGGUGAUAAAGAUAAGAAGGAUAAGAUAGCUGGGCAAUUGGGUUUGUCGCUAACAAACAGUUCGACUGCUGAGAGCAUGCCGGUGUCGCAUGAACUUGUUCCUUGUGGCUCAGCAGUUUGUCCAGACUUGGAUUCCAAAGUAAACAAUGAUAAGUUGUUGGAACUACAAAGUGCACUUGUAGAUAAGUCAAAUCAAUUGAGUGAAACUGAUACAAAGCUUAAAGCCGCUAUCGAGGAGGUAGCUGUGCUCAAAAGGGAGCUGGAAGCAAGUCGAAAACUACUUGAUGAAUCUCAGAUGAAUUGUGCUCACUUGGAGAAUUGUUUGCAUGAGGCAAGAGAGGAAGCUCAAACACAAAAAAGUUCUGCUGACAGGAGGGCCUCAGAGUAUAGUUUGUUGCGUGCAUCUGUUAUCAAGAUGCGCAGCUUUUUUGAAAGACUCAAGACUUGCGUUUAUUCUCCUGGUGGUGUUGCUGAUUUUGCAGAUUCCCUGCGCAAUUUGGCGCAAUCUUUGGCCAAUUCUGCUAAUGACAGAGAUGAUGAUGAUAUCAUCGAGUUCCGAAAAUGUAUUCGAGUAUUGGCCGACAAAGUUGGUUUCUUAUCUAGGCACCGCGAAGAAUUGCAUGAUAAGUACACAAGAAUGGAUGCAGCUAACGAACAGCUCCGCAAAGAAUUGGAGGAGAAAAGGGAUCAGGUCAAAACUUACUACAACAAGCAUCAACUUGAGAAGCAGGCAAAUAAAGAGAAGAUAUCUUUUGGAUGUCUGGAAGUUCAUGAGAUUGCUGCGUUUGUGCAUACUCCAUGUGGACAUUAUGAGGCAAUUACAAAGAACAGGUCUAACUACUACUACUUAUCUGCUGAAUCUGUGGCACUAUUUACAGACCAUCUUCCAAGCAGACCUAACUACAUUGUUGGACAAAUUGUGCAUAUCGAAAACCAAAUUGUGAAGGCGCUGCCGGAACACGGUAGGGCGAACCCUGACAAAGGGACUGACUGGUUGACCUUGAAUUCAGGAUCAACUCCAAAUCCAUAUGGUCUACCUGUUGGAUGUGAAUAUUUUGUAGUGACAGUAGCCAUGUUACCUGAUACCGCCAUUCGUUCAUCCUCUCCUUCCUGAUCCUGCUUCAUCAUGGCAGCAGAUUCGACAUGAUGGAAGAAUUCAAUUGUACAUAAACAAACAACAUUAAAUGUUCCAAACUGAACUAGUUUAACCAUUUGUACAGCUCUCUUUCUCUUUGUACAUAUUUCUUCCUUUUUAUGCUAUUUUGUAUAAAUUGUGAAUAUUAUUUACAACUUGUUUUAGCGUGCAUUGGCUUCUCCGGUAAUUAAAA